GCUCGCUUUUUUAAUGCAAAUCAACCGAAUCCACGAAAAUGUAUUCAGAUUCUCACGCGUAUUUUGUGUUUAUUGAACAAGGUAAUGUUUACUAUUGUUGUGAGUUUCAUACUGCAGGGUAUCAAAUUCACUAGACAAGAAGCUACGACAACGUUUUUUGCCGUUACGAAACUGUUCCAGCUUCCAAAUCAAGGUUUGCGGAAGCUACUUUAUCUGGUUAUCAAAGAAUUGGCACCAUAUGCUGACGAUGUCAUUAUCUUGACCAGUAGCUUGACUAAAGACAUGACCGGUUCAGAAGCCUCUUUUCGGGCUCCUGCAAUCAGAACACUCUGCAAGAUUAUUGACCCAACCAUGGUCCAAACAAUUGAACGGUACUUGAAGCAAGCUGUUGUAGAUAAGUCGCCAGCUAUCGCAUCAGCUGUGCUUGCAUCAGCCUAUCACUUGAUGCAGACCUGCCCUGAGGUCGUAAAGCGAUGGAGUAAUGAAAUCCAAGAUGUCGUUUCAAGCCCCAGCAUCAUGGUUCAAUAUCACGCUCUUGGUCUGCUUUAUCUUAUGCGCCAAAAUGAUCGGCUCGCCACACUUAAACUCAUUCAAAAGUUCUUGCAGUCGCCAUUGAGGUCAUCCUAUGCUCACUGUAUCAUGAUUCGUAUCGUCGCGCGGCAACUCGAAGAAGAGGGCGUCGCUGACAACCGCAAUAUGAUGGACUUUCUGGAGACCUCUCUGCGUCACAAAUCUGAAAUGGUCAUUUACGAGGCGGCCCGGGCCAUCAUUGGAUUAAGCCAACUGACGGCUAAGGAAUUGGCACCAUCUGUGAACGUGCUUCAGCUUUUCUGCUCCUCGCACAAAUCCUCACUUCGUUAUGCAGCUGUCAGAACUCUGAACAAAAUCGCCACUCGUCAUCCCUCGGCCGUGGCCUUCUGCAAUCAUGAUUUGGAAAACCUUGUUUCUGAUCCUAAUCGCAGUAUUGCUACGUUGGCUAUUACAACACUUCUUAAGACUGGCAGUGAGAACAGUGUGGACCGCUUGCUGAAGCAUAUAUGCUCUUUCAUGACGGACAUAACGGAUGAAUUCAAAGUGGUGGUUCUCGAGUCGAUUCGUAUGUUGGCUGCAAAGUAUCCGCGGAAGUAUUCUGUCCUUCUCAAUUUCCUUUCUGGUCUUCUGCGCGAUCCUGCUGGCUACGAAUUCAAAAAGGCUGUUGUGGUUGCCAUGGAAUCUAUAAUCAAGGACAAUCCUCAAGCCAAAAAUCUUGGCCUUCUCCAGUUGUGCGAGUUCAUCGAAGACUGUCAGCAUGAGAAAUUGACUCAGCGGGCUCUUUAUCUGCUGGGUCGUGAAGGUCCGUUCUUGAAUCGUCCUCGACAGUUCAUUCGUUUCAUCUACAAUCGCAUCAUUCUUGAGUCUUCAGCUGUCAAAUGCACCGCCACGACCGCUUUGGCGCGGUUUGGAGCCAACUGUGAUGACCUUCUUCCUGGCAUUCUCGUCCUUUUAGAACGUGUAAUGCUGGACGAUGACGAUGAAGUACGCGAUCGAGCCGCCUUCUACCACUACAUUCUUUCCUCGGGCGACCGGAACCUCAUGAAAGAAUACAUACUGAAUGACGGUAUUCAGUUAAACAUUCAGGCCUUGGAGCGCGCCCUUCUCGCCUACACCCAGGCUUCGGAGGCGGAGCAAGUGCGGCCUUUUGAUUUUACCGCCAUCCCUAUUGAGGAGCCUCCAUCAGAUAGGGUCAAUGAUUUCGCUGUCAUAGCAGACAGCUCAACUGUGGGCUUCUUCGAACCCACUAUUAGUACUGGUGCUGCUGCUGCUGCUGCCGCCUCUGGCGCUGCUGCUGGCAAGGGGUCAUUCCGAGGCUAUGCCGCUUUUGCGGCUUGA